AAAUCGUAUCUAAUUUAUUAAUUAGGAUCCAUAAUAUAUAAUAUUGUUCAGUUUUAAUAUUAUAAUAAUGUUUUUGAAUAUGUUUCAGAUAAGAAUCAGUGCAAUGAAGGUCUUGCCAGCAAUAUGCAAAGACUCCAAAGAGUAUGUACCAAAAGUAACAGAUAUUCUGGCACAACUGUUGCAACUUGAUGAAUCUGAUCACAAUACCCCUACAAAUACUUUGUCUCAGAUUUAUAAGGAAGACCCUGUUGGUACACUCAAGACAGUUUUUAACCAUGUCAGCAGUACCGAUGAUGCAACAGAAAGGGAGAAGUGUUUGCAGUUUAUUUAUAAGAAGAUUAUAAAAAUGGAGGAAAAAUUGACAAGUGAAAUCUAUGAUCUAUUGUUAGAAGAAGGGAAAAAGAUAAUACCAACUUUAUUUGACCAUGGGAUUCCAAAAUAAAUUGCAAAUUAACAUUGCCACUUUUUCUCUUCUACAAGAUGGCAUAAUUAGAAUUUCAAUAUAACGUUUUGUCACUUGGCCUCCAGCAUUGACUUUAUUUUUUCUUAUCGAUGCCAUAUUGUCAUGCAUUGACAUUGCCAAACCUUAGGUGCUCCAGAAAAACGGAAGUUCCUAGGAAUCUGAUGCAACUGAAUUUGGCCUCGUAAUGCCCUAUCUAACAGCCUCAAAAUUGACAAAAACCAUAGCAGGGCAACAAGAACUUGUAAACCUUGUUGCUGAGAAGGCAGAGAUUGAUGGUUCUUUUGAUCCUCUGGAAGAAAAUGGCCAAAAUGUUAAUCGUGUGAUGAUGUGUGUCGACUUUGCCCUGCCCUUAUUCAAUGCAAAUAUUGAGUCCACAAAAUUCACAAAGUUCUACUGUGACCAAAUUCUGCCCAAUUAUGAUGCAAUAGGUACACUGAAGGAUGGCUCCACCCUACAGUAUCAUGCCUUGAAGCAACUGGCAGAGCUCAGUACACAUUGUGGGAAACUGGAGAACCCAUCCCUUCAUGUGGUUCAGAUUUUCGAUAAAUUGAAGCACUUUAUGCCUUUACCACCAGAGGAUGCAGACUUAGAAAAAAUGCCCAAUUUGGAUUUUACUUCUGUAGAAUGUCUACUGUACGCCUUCCAUAGAUUGGCGCGACAAUGUCCUGACUUUUUGACAGCAGAUCCAGCAGUCCUUAAAGAUUUCCGGGCACGACUUACAUAUUUUUCAAGAGGUGUUGGUGGGUGUAAAAAGUCUCUAGAAAAACACUCUGGAAAGAAACUGGAUGAAGAUCAGCUGAAAAUUGCUCCUGCACUAUUUGAAAAUAUAAGUAGUCUCAUAAAAGAUCUGUAUUAUACUGUCCCAAUCUAUAAGUGUAACAUUCAACUAUCAUUCAAAUCCAUCACAAAGAAAAUCAAGCUUUCACCAGAAAAGAGUUCAGCACCUCAGAAGAGGCACACUCCUAUUCAGUUUGAAUCAAGUAAUGCUUCUGCACCUAAAAACGCCAGGCCCAGUAAAGGAGAAGGAAUUAAACUGUACGCGCCACCUAGUGGGAAGUUUAGCAACAAUUUCCAGAGCUAUGACCGCGGUGGAAGAGGGCGAGGCAGAGGUCGGGGUUCCAGAGGUGGCAGAGGCUCUAGGGGUGGUUGGAGAACUUAGUUAAGCUAAUACGUUUACCAUAGUAAGUGAAACGUUGUUUCGAGAAUGUUCUUUAUUCAAAGAACAGUAAUCCUUUUCAUAAUUAAGUUUUUUAAGCAAGGAUACGAGUAUAAGUUUGUAUAUUGGAAUGCUUUUUUGUUGAUUAGAAUGUAUCUUGUUUUUAAACGCAAACAUAUUUUUUUUAAUAAUAAAAGUCUGAGAAUUU